UGCUGACUAGCCGGUGGGUUUGUGUACUAGGUUGGGCCUUAGGCUAUAGGCGAAGACUCACUAGUAAAAUCGCUGAAAUUAGGAAGGCAUUGUCAUUUUCAGUUUAGAAAUUGGUUGGUUUGUCUACUAGAAAAGCUUACUUCGAGAUCCCGCAAUGCAACCACAGAUUAUUUUACUGAAAGAGGGGACAGAGAAUUCCCAAGGUAAACCUCAGUUAAUCUCAAAUAUCAAUGCCUGCCAAGCUGUUGUGGAAGCAGUUCGGACAACUCUCGGUCCGAGGGGCAUGGACAAGCUCAUCGUGGAUCAGGGAGGCAAAUCCACAAUAUCCAAUGAUGGGGCGACUAUCAUGAAGCUUCUCGACAUUGUCCAUCCGGCUGCUAAAACAUUAGUAGAUAUUGCCAAAUCACAGGAUGCUGAGGUUGGGGAUGGAACAACAAGCGUGGUUUUGCUGGCAGGUGAAUUCCUCAAACAGGUAAAACCUUAUGUCGAGGAAGGCGUGCAUCCUCGGAUUGUCAUUAAAGCUAUCCGUAAAGCUCUUCAGUUAUCCAUGGAGAAGAUUGACAGCUUGGCUGUUAAGAUAGAGAAGAGUAACACAACAGAACACAGAGCCCUGUUAGAGAAAUGUGCAGCGACUGCUCUCAGUUCAAAACUGAUCCACCAACAGAAAGACUUUUUCUCAAAGAUUGUAGUCGACGCUGUCUUGUCACUAGAUGAUCUCCUGCCUCUCAAUAUGAUUGGAAUCAAGAAAGUCCAAGGUGGAGCGUUAGAAGAUUCAAAACUUGUGGAUGGUGUAGCAUUUAAGAAGACAUUUUCCUAUGCUGGCUUUGAAAUGCAGCCUAAGAAAUAUGACAAUCCGAAGAUAGCAUUGUUGAAUAUUGAGCUAGAGUUGAAGGCAGAGCGAGAUAAUGCAGAGAUCAGAGUUGACAAUGUUAAGGAGUAUCAGAAAGUGGUUGAUGCAGAAUGGCAGAUUCUUUAUGAGAAACUAGACAAGAUUGUCAAGUCCGGUGCUCAAGUCGUUCUGUCAAAACUCCCAAUCGGUGAUGUUGCCACUCAGUACUUUGCCGAUAGAGACAUGUUCUGUGCUGGUCGAGUGCCUGAGGAAGAUUUGAAGCGGACGAUGAAGGCUUGUGGAGGCGCUGUUAUGACUACUGCCCAUGAUCUCAACGAUUCUGUCCUUGGAACCUGUCAACUCUUUGAAGAAAACCAAAUUGGAGGUGAAAGAUUCAACUUUUUCUCCGGUUGUCCAAAUGCUAAAACUUGUACAAUUGUCCUGCGUGGAGGAGCUGAACAGUUUUUGGAAGAGACGGAACGUUCGUUACAUGAUGCUAUCAUGAUUGUCCGGCGUACAAUCAAGAACGAUGCAGUGGUUGCAGGAGGUGGUGCAAUAGAAAUGGAGUUAAGCAAGGCUCUACGUGACUACUCACGCACCAUUGCUGGAAAGGAACAGCUACUGGUGGGAGCUGUGGCCAAGGCGCUGGAGAUCAUACCUCGUCAACUGUGUGACAAUGCAGGCUUUGACGCAACCAAUAUUCUAAACAAACUGCGCCAGAAACACGCUCAAGGUAUGUGCUGGUAUGGAGUUGAUAUCACACAGGAAGAUAUCAGCGACAACUUUGAGAACUGUGUGUGGGAGCCAGCUAUUGUAAAGAAAAACGCCUUAACAGCAGCUAGCGAGGCUGCUUGUUUAGUCUUAUCUGUUGAUGAAACCAUCAAGAACCCCAAGUCUGGAGAUGGAGGCCCUCCAAUGGGCAGGGGUCGCGGUCGCCCAAUGUAGUAUUUUCGUUAACUUUUAAAGGUCAUUAAUUUAAUUUAAUGUUCAUUAAACAUUAAAAAUACUAAUUUUGUACUAAUUAUUUUUUCCAAUUUUUUUAUUUAAUUUUAUUUGAUUGAAGGUAUGCUGAGUAUUACCAUCACCAAAUCAUUGAAUAAAUUUAAGUAUUUUUAAUUCUCAAAUUCCUAACUAGCAUCUAUCUGCCUUAACAUUAUUUGCUGUGUAAGAUGAUUAAUUAAUAAACAAGAAGUUUAUAAA